ACAUUUUGCGAACCCUGGUCCACUUAGUGUGCUUGCUGCAGCCGUCACAUAUGUAACACUGAACGCUUGCAUUUUUAUUUGAUUCUUCGUUGGACUGGACAUGCGCACGCCCAUUGGCUGCGCUAAUUUCAUCGGUCCUGUACUCCUCUGGUUUCUCAUCCCCUUUCACCUGCGCGUCUCGCACUGCGCUGGACUCGGUAGGGGGAGGCCUGCCCGAGCGCCCCCUUCGUGCCUGCCGACGUGCUUACCGCUUGGCCGCCCUCCCCAUCCCCCCUCGCGGCAUUUUAUCGCUCAUCAGUCGCGGGCGGCUGGCCCCUGCCCGCGGGCGAUGGGUCAGGAAGGGUGUGGCGACGACCCCCCAUCAUGCCUCGUUUCGAUUACGAGGGCGUCUCGCGCAAAUCCUCUCUUGCCUUUCGCGCGGACUUUAGCGGGGUCCAUUGGCUUCCGAUCAGCAUACCUGCGCUCUUACGGAGUACACUAUUUCCUAACUUUGACAGGGGCAUGUGAAGCUUUGAACUCUCGAGAGGACCUGCCCUUUUUCUCCACCCCUUGACGCACGCUAUUCUCACUCGCUGAACGCAAUAGUCCGUCCUUAGCUGCGUCGGAAUAUUACUUGAACUCAUCACG